AUGCGGGGACCAAGCUCAAAUGUCCAGUUGGAGCAAGAUGACUCUUAUCUACCCGAAGUCUGGGUAAAAACCACAAAGCCAAUUCCAUCCGCGGGACCAGAGGCCGUAGCUAACAUGUACGUGAUGCGCCAGGCUUGGUAUGCCAUCGGCGUCUUCGUAAUACUUCUUCGAUACGCGGUGCGACUCCGAACCGUUGGCAUCCAUGGGCUCCGCGGCGAUGAUUACCUUGCUUUGCCUUACCUCGUGCUAUACAGCAUCGACAUGUACGUCGUACAAAUCACGUAUUACACAGGCGGGAACAUCGAUAUCACCGCCGACAUGGUACCGAAGUUGUCAGACCACGACGUCGAAAUUCUUGAACUCGGUUCGAAGCUCGAGUUUCUCUCCUGGUACUCGUACCCAGGCUGCAUCUGGGUUUUGAAGUUCACGGUAUUGUUCUUUUACAAGCGUCUGACGAUGGGGUUAUUCCGGAGGCGAGCCAUGAUUGGGCUCUUUUGGUUGUGCGGCCUGUCGUACAUCGGCUUGUGCAUGACGGUGACGCUCAGCUGUGUUCCGUAUUUUGGAUUUUCCGAUAACUGGCGAAUCCGGCCAUUGCCAGGCCCCGAAUGCACGUUCCGACCGCAGAACUUCUGGGUACUGCUAUGGCUCAACAUUCUCACCGACGCGGCGCUCCUCACCAUCCCCAUACCGAUCCUGUGGCACCUCCGAGUAUCCCUGAAGCGGAAAAUUGGCGUCGCCAUCCUGCUAUCGUCGGGCGUAUUCGUCAUAUCGACGGCGGUCGUGCGAGCAGUAACGACGCUGGGUGGCUCGCCAUCCAUCAUCAACAUCAACCGAUGGGGGUUUCGCGAAACUGCCGUGGGUCUCAUAACCGUCACCCUGCCUGUAUUGAGCCCCCUGGCCACCAGAGCGUUCUGGCGCCGAGGCCCGUACAUUCGGGACUACUACGACCGAAUCCGGGGCCCUCGGGAGCAAAACCAUGCGCGGUUCGGCAACUGGCUCGGCACUGUAGUCCUGAGGUACGUCGACGAGGAGGACGGCACAAUCCCUAGGCGUUCCAGCGCAACGAAGCAACUGGAAGAGGAGGGACACGGGGGAGAACAGGCCUCGCCGGCCGAGUCGAUUGGAAAGGGCGGCUCGGAAAUCUACGAAAUGGUGACGAAGAGCGUCGGGACGAGCACGAUGACUAUGGACGGGAUCGAGGAGGCAUGA